ACCGUCGCCAUCUCCGUCGACCGUUACUGCACACAUCUCCUCGCUGCACCUCACCUCCUCAGCGGGCCGGUUCCGCCUGAGCUCAUCGUUCUCCCGACAUCAUGGCCGACGCUAAGCUCUUCACCCGCGGCAAGAUCCAGGAUCUGCGCGACGAGCUCCGCAAUGCAGGUGAUAAGCGGGACAAGGGGUUUCAGCGGAAGAAGACGGCGCUCAAGAAGAUCGUGGCGAACAUGACCAUGGGGAAUGACAUGUCCCCAUUGUUCCCCGACAUGAUUCAGUGCAUGCAGAUCCAGGUGCUUGAGAUCAAGAAGAUGGUAUACCUCUACCUUGUCAACUACGGGCGGUCACGGCCAGAAGACGUCGCACAUGCCAUCGGAGGCUUCCUCUCAGACUGCGCGGAUCGCAACCCCCUCAUCCGAGGUCUGGCCAUCCGUACCAUGAGCUCCAUCCCGCUACCCACUAUAAUUCAAGCGCUCGUUGACCCGCUGCGACACGCACUGGAAGACCAGGACCCAUACGUUCGCAAGACGGCCGCGAUUGCCGUUGCCAAGCUGUAUGCGUCUGACUAUGGGAAGAAGACAAUCGCCAAGGAGAACUUUGUUGCCAUGCUGCGAGACUUGUUGGCCGACCACAACCCGACGGUUGUGGCUAACGCAGUUGCCGCGCUGGUGGAGAUCUCGGAGCGUAGCUCGGACAUUACACUGCGUCUGAACGCCACUGUCGCCGGCAAGCUCGUCGCCGCCCUCGGCGAGUGUUCUGAAUGGGGCCAGAUAUACAUCCUCGACUCACUCCUUUCGUUUGUGCCACAGUCGUCGCUCGACGCCGAGACUCUCGCAGAGCGCAUCUCCGUGCGCCUGCAGCACGCCAACUCUGCAGUCGUGCUCACGACUAUCAAGGUCAUCCUGUACCUCAUGAACUACAUGGAGGAUGAGGCGCUGAUGAGCGUGCUGGAGCGCAAGAUGGGCCCGCCCCUCGUGACAUUGCUAUCCUCCGGGCCCGAGGUGCAAUACGUCGGCCUCCGCAACAUCCUCCUCAUCAUCCAGCGGCGACCAGCGAUCCUUCAGAACGAAGUCAAGGUCUUCUUCUGCAAGUACAACGACCCGAUCUACGUCAAGCUCGCAAAGCUCGAGAUCAUGUAUCGCCUCACGCGGGAGGACAACGUCAGCGAGGUCCUGGCCGAGCUCAAGGAGUAUGCGUCGGAGGUCGACGUUGACUUUGUGCGCAAAGCGGUGCGCUCGAUCGGACGAUUGGCGAUCAAGAUCGCCGCCGCGGCAGACCAGUGUGUCAUGGUGCUCCUCGAGCUCAUGAAGACCAAGAUCAGCUAUGUCGUGCAGGAAGCGAUCGUGGUGAUAAAGGACAUUUUCCGCCGCUAUCCGAACCAGUACGAGCGCGUGAUCGCUGUGCUUUGCGAGAAUCUCGACGUGUUGGACGAGCCUGAGGCCAAGGCCUCGAUGAUCUGGAUUGUGGGGCAGUACGCGGAUCGCAUCGAGAACUCGGACGAGCUCAUCGAGGACUUUAUGUUUGCGUUCAAGGAGGAACCUUCGGAGGUGCAGCUGGCCCUCCUAACAGCGACAGUCAAGCUGUUCAUCCGCCGUCCCACGGCGGCGCAGGAGCUUCUCCCGCGCAUCCUCAAGCUGGCGACGGAGGAGGCCGAGAACCCCGACCUGCGGGAUCGCGGAUUCAUGUACUGGCGCCUCCUCACCACGAACCCCACGGCGGCGCGCGAUAUUGUCCUCUCCGAGAAGCCCGUAAUCUCUACCGAAACCGACCGCAUGGACAAGGGUAUGCUCGACCAGCUCCUGCUGCACACUGGCACACUCGGCAGUAUCUACCACAAGAACCCCGAGACGUUCAUCCGCACCGCGAAGCCGCGGUACCUGCCAGACUCGCCUGCGCUCAAUGCCUCGUCGCGGCGACACCUGGUGCAGGCGACGACGCUGUUCAACCCGCGCCCGACGCCAGCAGUGCCCGCUCGUCCCUCUGCUGCCCCCGCCGCGACCGCCAGCAACGGGAACGGGAACGGAAACGGUACGAGGAACGGCGAGGCGCCUCCAUCCGCGGCGUCGAGCAGCGACCCAUACGCGCAGCUCGCGGACCUCGAUCUCCUCGGCGGGAACUACGAGUCUGAUAUGCCACGCCCUCGGGGCGCCGCCGAGGAUCUGUUGAUCUAGCCGAGACGGGGGCCGAGUUGGGGCGCGGAGAUGGCGUCGACACUUGGCCUAGCGUAGUUUGAGGCGCAGUUGAUGGCGCGCGGGAGGAGACGCAGGGAGGUUAUUUCAUUAGGCCGACAGGCGUAUGUAGUAGAUUAUGGAUGACGAGACACGAACGUUGACGCG